AUGUCGAUAAACACAUCAGGAUCCGGCAACUGGCCAGACCCACCCGAACAGUCAAGCAGCCGCGCCGCAGAGCAGUCCAACAACGACGAUGCUUCGGGAUACGACGUCCUGAACAAUACAGUGCGAGCUUCUCCUACAACUGCAGCAGAAUCAUUAAGUGAACCAAUCUCGUUCAAACGCAAGCAAAAAACUCCGGUUCGAUUCGGUCUAUAUAAUCCAUUUUCUUGGAAUAGUCCUCCAGCUGCCCGUUCUCCUUCCCGCCCAGGAUCAAGUCAAAAUGCCAAUGAAGAGGCCCUACGCGACAUUCCUGCGUCGAGCCCUCCCGGAUCGAGGCAAAACGGGGUCGAUGCAGGCAAUAAAGUUGGAGGCCCGUUGGAUUGGUAUAUCGAAGGCCCAGGGCGAAGAGUAGGAUACGACAACCUUACUGCGAUAGAUUGGAUAUUUGAGUAUACAAAGGAGCGCCAGAGGAUACGACACCUUCGCUCUGGUGGCAAAGGCGUUCUGGGGCAUCUUCGGCAACUAUUAGAUGCUGGUCAUGUGUGGGCAGUCUUGAUCGCCACUGGAAUCGUGGUAGGCGUCCUGGCAGCCUGUAUAGAUAUUGCGAGCAGUUGGCUUGGAGAUCUUAAAGUUGGUUUUUGUCAAAGCGGAGAAGAAGGGGGACGAUUUUACCUCAAUAAAAGCUUCUGCUGCUGGGGCUAUGAAGACUUGUCCCAGUGUCGGCAUUGGACUCCAUGGAGCAAAGCAUUGCACGUGGGUUCGAAAGGUGGAGGUUAUGUCGUCGAGUAUAUCUUCUUUACUUUUUAUUCUAUUCUAUUCGCAGGAAUCGCAAGCUUCCUUGUCACGUCCUACGCAAUCCAUGCCAAACACAGCGGGAUUCCCGAAAUUAAAACCGUCCUUGGUGGUUUCGUCAUUGAAAACUUUAUGGGAAUAUGGACAUUGAUGAUAAAGUCACUUGGCUUGUGUCUCUCAGUGGCUUCCGGAAUGUGGCUCGGAAAAGAAGGCCCAUUAGUGCAUGUUGCAUGCUGCUGUGCGAACAUCAUCAUGAAGCCGUUGGAUAGCCUAAACCAUAAUGAAGCCAGGAAACGCGAAGUCCUCUCGGCUGCCGCUGCAGCAGGCAUUUCAGUUGCAUUUGGGUCUCCCAUCGGAGGAGUCCUGUUUAGUUUAGAGCAACUAUCAUACUACUUUCCGGACAAAACAAUGUGGCAAAGUUUUGUUUGUGCCAUGGUGGCUGCUGUGACGCUCCAUGCCUUAGACCCCUUCCGAACGGGAAAAAUCGUCCUCUACCAGGUUGAGCAUUCUCAAGGCUUCCAUCGCUUCGAGAUAUUCCCAUUUAUCUUCCUUGGAAUAUUGGGCGGCCUUUACGGAGGCCUUUUUAUAAAGCUCAACAUGAGAGUUGCCAGAUGGCGCAAGUCUCGCAGAGUUUCCUUCCCGGUGUUGGAAGUCCUAAUAGUUGCUUUAAUCACUGCAGUCGUCAAUUUCCCAAACAUACUAAUGCGGGUGCAAUUAUCCGAGUUAGUCUAUUACCUCUUUGCGGAUUGUAAGGAGAUUCCUAAUAACCCACUCGGCCUUUGCAAAACUGGAGUUUCUUCCCUGGGCGUGGUUGGAUUGCUCCUUUCAGCCGCAGCGCUUGGGUUCUUUCUCGCAAUCUUUACCUUUGGCCUCGAUAUCCCUGCCGGGAUUAUUCUACCCUCUUUAGCAAUCGGUGCACUUUACGGUCGAGCAGUCGGAAUCGUCUUCGAUGUCUGGCAAAAAAAGCACCCGAAGUUCUUUCUUUUCGCAAAUUGCGAGCCAGAUGUCCCCUGUGUUACUCCAGGGAUGUAUGCAAUCAUUGGUGCCGCUUCCGCCCUUGGUGGUGCUACGAGGAUGACAGUCUCGAUCGUCGUCAUUAUGUUCGAAUUAACCGGUGCUUUGAACUACGCGAUCCCGAUAAUGAUCGCUGUCAUGCUGUCUAAGUGGUGCGGCGACACAUUUGGAAAACGAGGUGUCUAUGAAUCCUGGAUCCAUUUGAACGACUACCCGUUCCUUGACCAAAAGGAUGACACUCCGCCACCGGAUAUUCCCGUAAGUCAGGUUAUGACCAAUGUCAACGACCUUACAUUGAUCACAGCUGUGGGGCACACUAUUGAAUCACUUACAAAUCUCCUAAAAACAACAUCUUAUCGCGGGUAUCCUGUGGUCUCGGACACCGCCAACCCCCUCUUACUCGGCUAUAUUUCUCGUAACGAACUCUCCUACGCUUUGAAAACAGCGACCUCACGGACCUCGCAUAAUCUAACCCCUGAAACGCAAGCAUAUUUCUCUCACCAGCCAUUCGCUGAUCCUCUUGAGACCCUUGAUCUCCGACCUUGGAUGGAUCAAACUCCUAUUACGAUGAAUAGCCGUGCAAGUUUCCAAAUCGUUUUAAAUAUGUUUCAAAGGCUCGGCCUACGAUACGUCCUAUUUGUGAAUAGAGGAGUCUUAGAAGGAUUUUUAACGAAAAAGGAUGUAUGGUACAUCCUCGAAGGAGUCAGGAAUCGGAGGAAUGAAGGAUUUGAAGAUGUGGUGCUGGGGGAGGGGCAAACGGAAGAGCAGCAGGGGUUGCUGCAUGCUUCGGCUGACCAUCUUCCCGAGUACAGCCACAUUGAGAGAAGAACUUCGUUGUAAAUAUCCAGCUAUUUGACCGGCUAGUUAGACAUUAAUUUCAUGGACUAUGUAGGUAUGUAUUGGCGCAAAAAAAAAAAAAAAAAAAAAAAAAAAGG